AGAGCAGGAUGCCGAUAAUGAGAUUCAGCACAAGGAGUUCAAACUUAAAAAUUUAUGUACAAUGAAUGCAUAGGAAUUCCUUCAGCUGUAAUGAUGGCAACAAACAGCCAUGCUUCUGAGGCAUUCAAACAGUAUGUGCAGAAGGACCCAAAAGGGAGAACAAUCUUGAUUGUCCCAGAGGGAAAGUACAAAGGAUGGGUGCCCCGUAUUAUUUACAGCAUGCACCUGGAGGAUGUCUCACUACCAUUCUUAAGGCUAAUGUCAUUUCCUGUAGGUGGAACCUCCAUUGGAAAUUUGGUGGACAUGAAGAAUUUCAGUGCAGUUGGAAAUUAUUUGUGCUUGUUACCAAAAUCAUUUGGUACUUGCAAAUCCAUGGAAACACUCAAUUUGAGUUUCAAUCACUUCCAGCAAAUUCCUGCAGCAGUUUUUAAUCUGCAGUCACUGACUUGGUUAGAUUGUAGUGACAAUGAGCUUGAGGUCCUCUCACCAGAUAUUGGAAAAUUAAAAAAUUUACGCACAUUAAAACUAGGAGGUAACUUUUUGUCUGAAAUUCCAAGUGAAAUUAGUCAGUGUAAGAAGAUUGAGUACCUGGUACUGUCGAGAAAAUGGUAUCCAAGAGAAGGAGGGAUGAAAGAGUUGCCAAAGGCUGCUUGUGGGCUAAAGGAACUGCGUUACCUGGAUGUCAGCUGGCACCAGAUCCAUACAAUUCCAGACGAAGUUGGCAAUUUGACAAAACUGGAGUCUUUGAAUAUGAAAGGAAAUUUCCUCAAAUAUGUUUCUACAGAUAUUGCUAAAUGCACAAGUUUGAGGGAAUUAAAUUUGACAGGGGCAUUGAAGCUUAAUUCAUACAUUCCAGAGGAAUUACUGCAGCUGUCCGAGCUAAGGACAUUAAAUUUGAAUAACAAUUAUUUUUCUGAGAUUUCACCAAAGAUAAAUGGACUUAAAAAGCUCAGACAUUUCAUCAUGAGGAGGAAUGCCUUGGUGAGUCUGCCAGACACUUUGUUUGACUUGAAACAUUUAGAAAGUAUUGAAAUUGGAGAUAAUUACCUUGAGGAACUUUCCCCCUCUAUAAAGAAAUUGAAAAAGUUAAAAACGUUAGAAAUGCGGGGUAACAAACUUACCAAACUCCCCGAUGAGCUCUGUGACUGUGGUAGUCUUGAAUCAUUAUUGCUUUCAUUAAAUGAACUUGUGAGUCUACCAGAAAAUAUUUAUCGCCUAGCAAAUCUGAAGGAACUGGAUGUUUCUCGUAAUCAGUUGACCUCCAUACCACUGCUGUUGGACAAAUUAGAGAUGCUUGCAAAAACAGGAUUGAUAGAUUUGAGCGAAAACAGUAUUAAGGUCCCUCCUCAAGAAAUUUGUGAUCAAGGUUCUGAUACUCUGUUUAUCUUUUUGAGGGAAUACAGAAUCAGUCAGGCCAAACACAGAAGGAAGAUGAUUUUGAUUGGUGCAGCCAAAGCAGGAAAAACUAGUCUUCGAAAUGCGUUGAUUCUAGGUCGUUCCAAAUUAACAGCAGAGCAUGAGAGGACAUGGGUACUGGAGCGCCACCUAUGGGAACCAGAGCCAGAUUUGAGAGUCCAGGUGUUGGACUUUGGUGGUCAUCAUAUUUAUUCUGCUGCACACCAUAUGUUCUUGACCUCAGAGGCUCUACAUGUUUUAGUAUUUGAUUUAAGUAAAUACAAACCAGAGCUUUAUGAUGCUAUGGUGGGAAAUUGGCUUGAUGCCAUAAUGGACAGAUCUCCUGGAGCAGUUAUUGUUAUGGUUGGAACCCAUGUUGAUCUUUGUAAGGAAGAUGAAAUUGAUGAAAUCCUGGAAGAUAUAUCUGAUAGAAUGAAAAGAAUAGAGGACAAAAAGAUACAAGAAAUAAAAAUUCAUUUGGUUCGAACGGAUGAUGCUCUCAACUCGUUGACCAAUAGAGAUACCGGUACAAAAUUUGAGGACAUUGAAAUUCAAAGACUUAGAGAAAAAAGAAAUGGCAUCUAUAAAAUGUUGAAAACGAGAUCAAAAUUGCCCCAGAAUAUACAUGUUGUUAGUUGUGCUGAUGAACUGACAGGUGUUUGUGAGUUUAGGAACAUGUUGAUAGAAAAAUUGAAAGAGGCAGGAGAAAGACCAUUACCAACUCCAUGGUGGAGAUACCUGCAGAAGAUUGCAGAAUAUCCAGAGAAAAUCUUGUCUUUUACAGAAGCCUUACGAAUAUUUAAGGAUUUGAUGAAUGAAAUGAAUCAGAGCAUGAUUUCACUGGAAGGAUCAGCUGUAUCAAGUUUGGAGAUGGUGCUUAAGUAUCUCCAUGCAACAGGAGAGAUUAUGUGGUAUUCUGAUAACCCCAAACUGCAAGGCAUCGUGUUUCAUCAUCCAGAAACCCUUGUGGAGAUGCUUCGUGCAAUAUUUAAACAUGAUUUUGACAAAGUUGUUGUUUAUGAUGAAAUAUUUGGAAAGAUUGCUGGCUUGACUGAGAAGAAAUUUGAUGCAAUGAAGGAAGAUUUUCUGUCGAAGGGGAUUAUGACACUGGAGUUGCUCCACUUCUGUCUCUACCAUUUCAAAAUUCCUGCAGAAGCUAGGGAUAUUUUUGUUGAUCUCAUGUUAAAAUUUGAUCUGUGUUAUGAAAUACCUAGUAGCUUACAAACAAAUUACACAUCUAGUCGAAUUUUGAGAUUUCCAUGGUUCCUCAGAAUAGAGGCAUCAAAUGAAGUGUUUGUGAAGUGGCCUACCCGAACUCCUAGGAACAUUGUGGAACUAUCUUUUCAGUUUGUGUUCCCAUCCAAAUCUCCACCAAAUUUCUUUGAAAAGCUCUCCUCUAGACUGCAGGCUCAUGUGUCAAAACGAGAGGAUUGGUCAAAUGGUGUGCUGGCAUUUAAGAAUAAAUCUAAAAUUCUGGUGACCCGUGAGCAGAAGGAUGGAGGGACAGAGAUUCUGGUGGCAGUCAGGGGCAGUGAUCUACAGGAACUCUGGUACCUCCUCCUGAAAAUCUACCAUGAUAUGAAGUCCCUGCUACAAGAGUGGCCUCUGGUCCAUGUGGAGCAGUACUUGCUUUGUUCUCACUGUAUACUAAGGGGAGAUAAUGACCCAUACCUCUACCCAGCAGAACUUUAUCUGGAGACUGUCUGCCCCAAGAAAUUGUACCAACUACAGUCCUGUCAGAAGUGCACAGAGGUUUUUAUACCAGCAUGUUUGGUUAUCCCUCUUGAUGCAGAUUUUCAGGAUGACAUUGGGCAACAUAUAAUUGUAUUAAAGGAGUUUCUGGCUAGUCUGGAGGACACAGUGGAUGGCAGUGGGUCAGGUAUUUUGACUGACCUUGGAUUGAUGUAUGUGGCUGCCAAACUGGGCUUUGAUUGGACCUUAGUGGUCAGUAAUCUUGGUUUGAAGCAAGCAGAGAUUGAGCAGAUACAGAUGGACAACCCUUACAAAGUGAUUAACAUGAUCAGUAUUGCAUUACAAAGAUGGAGGGACAGACAAGAUGGGCAGUCUGACGAAGUUCUUCUUCAACAACUAUUCAGUGCUUUGAAGAAUUGUAAUCGCAUGGACUUAGUGGAUGAACUACGACAAAAAUACAACAUACCUGAAGACAACCCUAAAGAGGAUUAAACUAUGGAGAAGCUAGUUUACCAGAUAAGGAUACAGCACUUAUAAAUCUUUGAGGAACAGACUUCUUUAUGAAUACACGUACAUUGUAAUACAUUGUCAGUAAAAUUGGCUUACAUGGAACUUGGUUUAGAAAAAAAAAUAUUGCAACUUCGUUCUAUCAAUAAUCUUGGGAGAAACUGUGUACCAGAAGCCAUAGUAAGAAAUUCUUAAUAAAGGCAUGUGAAAUGUAUUUUCAUCUCUUUACAUCUGUUAAUGAUUUGUUUGUAGCAAACUUUGAUUAUAGGAAUAUAAAAUCAUCAUAUGAAUAUGCAACUGCACAUUCAUAAUGUUUAAUUAAAAUUUCUUUGUACGAUACAUGGAGAAGUGACAAUCUCUACAUUAAUUAUAGGAACUUUUAAAAACAGUGAUUUUUUUUUUU